AUUCAACAUCUUGUGUUCCUCUGAUUCUCUCUGCAGAUUAAUAUUACUCACAUUUUUCAAUGGGAAUAGAUAACCAGACACAAGUGAGAGAAUUUAUUCUCCUCGGCCUGUCUAGUGACCGGGACACUCAGGUCUCCCUUUUUGUCCUAUUCUUGAUAACAUACCUCAUGACAGUGCUGGGGAACUCUCUCAUUAUUCUUCUGAUCAGACUGGACAGCCGACUCCACACUCCCAUGUAUUUCUUUCUCACCAACCUCUCCCUUGUUGAUGUUUCCUAUGCCACAAGCAUCGUCCCUCAGAUGCUCGUGCAUUUUCUAGCAAAACAGAAAGUCAUCCCACUCCUGAGCUGUGCAGCCCAAUUAUUUUUCUCCCUGGGAUUGGGUGGGAUUGAGUUUGUUCUCCUGGCGGUGAUGGCCUAUGACCGCUAUGUGGCCGUGUGUGACCCCCUGCGAUACUCGGCCAUCAUGAGUGGAGGGCUGUGUACUAGGUUGGCCAUCACAUCCUGGGUCAGUGGCUCCAUCAACUCUCUCAUGCAGACUGGCAUCACCUUUCAGCUGCCCAUGUGCAGUAACAAGAUUAUUGAUCACAUAUCCUGUGAACUGCUAGCUGUGGUCAGGCUGGCUUGUGUGGACACCUCCUCCAAUGAGGUCGCCAUCAUGGUCUCCAGCAUUGUGCUUCUGAUGACACCCUUCUGCCUGGUUCUUUUGUCCUAUAUCCGGAUCAUCUCUACCAUUUUAAAGAUCCAGUCGUCAGAGGGAAGGAAGAAAGCCUUUCACACAUGUGCCUCUCACCUCACGGUGGUUGCCCUGUGCUACGGCAUGACCAUUUUCACUUAUAUCCAGCCCCGCUCCGGUCCUUCUGUCCUUCAGGAGAAGCUGAUUUCUGUCUUUUAUGCUAUUGUUAUGCCCAUGUUGAACCCCAUGAUUUAUAGUGUAAGGAAUAAGGAGGUGAAGGGCGCCUGGCAGAAACUAUUAGGGAAAAUCUCUGGGUUAACAUCCAGACUGACAGCUUCAUGAGUCAUGAACAUCAUGUAGGGGAAGGAACUUUGCCACAGUGUUCUCCCUGCAACUCAGAUGUGACAGGCUGAACUGCAUUGCCCU